AUGGAGCCCACGACAGCUCAGGUGCCAACAUCGCCGUACGCCGAUGUGCUUGCUAGUGGGACAAGCAACCGCGCUAUGCUUAGAACGGAACGAGAAUUGACGAAUGUGGACAGCGGCGGCGAUCGGAGUUCGAACUUCUCUCGAAACGCACUGUGGGAGGCCGAGCUUCGGGGCGGGCGACAAGGCGGUACAAGCUUUGCUAUGAUACUUGGACCCAGUGGUAGCCUGACACGAGUCGAGACUAGUCUGAACCUCAGACACUGUGCUCGCUGGACAGUCUUGAUCUCGCCUUUCAUAUGA